AUGGCAAUAGCACAGUUGGAUUGUGUGACUCAACUUUCAAAGAUAGCUUCUACUUCAAGGUCUGACUUAAAAUUCACAGAGGAGUCCGCUUUUAAUGCUGGAGAUAUCAAAGUAGACUUACAGCGAAUACUGUUCAUCUAUAGCCACUACAAACAAGCAACUGUGGGUGAUGUAAAUACAGAACGGCCUGGAAUGAUGGACUUCAAAGGCAAAGCCAAGUGGGAUGCCUGGAAUGGACUGAAAGGGGCUUCCAAGGACAAUGUCAUGAAAGCUUACAUCGCCAAAGUAGAAGAACUGAAGGGAAAAUAUGGACUAUAA